UCAUUACUUUAGUCUAAAGAAGGCUUUUCAAUUGCACUGUACAAAUGAACAGUGUUUUAAACCACAUUUCAGUUUAUUUACAAGAUUGCCACUCGGAUGCUUUUAACCACCUUUCACUUAAUUUACAAAAUUGCCACUCAGGCUUAAAAACCUAUUUUCAGCCGUUGGCUGCAUUUGACGUUUGAAUCGGCGAGAGAGAGGGGAGGGGGACAUCACGCCUGACAAAUUGGAGAGAGACAAUCGCUCCCAUUUUUUACUCGGAGACAGCUGGGUGUGCCUCUGGCGAGCGGAGAGAGGGGGAUAGAGCGACUACAGAGGAGGGAGACACAGAGCCUGACAGAUUGGAGAGAGAUGGGAGCUAUGAGUUUGGACGGAGUGAGAGAGAUAUUUAGGUAGGUGCUCUGCCAGGCUCUCUCGGCCGCUAAUCUUGAUGCACACGUGUUGAUGAUCGUGGGAAGGGAAGAACGAUGGUAAAGCUGGCCCUUUCCAUUUCCUUCUCAAAGCCUCAUUGCCUCUUCCGUCUCGCAGACCCUGCGAGAACGACGGUCUCUCCUCCAUCCUAUCCUCCAGUCGCCGCCGUCUCCCUUCUCUAGGUAGGGUGUUGUGCGUGUGCAGUCAUGCUUGAUGAUCGUGGAAGCCAGCGAUUCAGCUUCUACGACAUAGCCUCGACUCUACUUCCAUCUCCAUUUUCUCUCCUCGCCUUCUCUCUCAGAAAUCACCAACGAGCUUAAAAACCACCAAGCCGUUAGAAAUCUCUUCGAUUCUCUCUCAGAAACUACGAAGCACAACGACCUCUUGCUGAAAAACCGUGAAUUUAGUCCCACUUCGAAGGAAAUUUUAAGCCCAUAAAAGCCUUGGUUUCCUGGUGAGUUCUCCAGCCGAUUUGGAGUAGGUAAUUUUAUGAUUUGCAGUUUAUUUUGGGAAAUGAUUGACGGGUUUGCAGUUCAUUUUACCAUUUCUAGAAUAUUUGCAGUUUAUUUUGGGGGUUUACACUAAAAUUGAGGAAGCAUAUAUGAACGCAAAGGCUCGAGGAUGUACGACAACUUGGAUAUGAUAGGCCUUGAGCUUCUUCUUGCCAAAAGAGUGUUGGAUUGAUUUUUCCUCCUCAAAUCAAGGGUUGGUGUCGGGAUUGAGGGGUGGGUCCAAAAUGGGUAUGGUUCUGAGGGAAAGAGGGAUGGCAGAGACAGAGGUCAUGGAGUUGGGCGUGGGAAUUCCAAAAAUCAAGGGCUGCUGUCAAUGGGUGUUAAUAUCAGCAAUGAGCAUGAUUGGGAUGCUUAUAUAAUACAAGCUUAGGAAACUAUCAGAAUUUUUAUGUUUGGGAAUGAGCUUCCUGCCAAAAGAGAGGUUGCAGGAAAAUACGGUGUAUAAUCUUGGGAGUGCUUUCGAUUCUACUCUCAUCUCUAAUAUGAAUAUAGGUUACAACCCUGCCCUGUGUAAUCCAGAAGCUAAAAUCACACCCUUUCAAUCUGAACUUCAUCGUAGAUGGUACUACCAUUUUUCUGCUGACUUUGAUUCCACACUUCAGAAAGGUACUGGGACGUUGUUUGGAACAGAGUUGGAGGUGACGAUGUGGUGGAAAAUUUGGGUGCACAAUUACAAGGAGAGAAAGAGAGGGUGGGUGCAGUCAUUUUCUCUUUCUAUAUCUUUCCUUUCCCAAUUUGCGUCUCUGGUUGUUGGCGUUCGUCUUCCUCCUCAAGGGUGCAGGAUGUGCGCGUAGGGUGCAGGGGUUUCAGGGGUGGUAGGGGGUGGGGUGCGCCUGUGAAUUGCGGAGCUGCUCAGCUCUUCCUCUAUAAGAUGAGUUUCAUCCCUGCCUUAAUUCACUUAAAUCCUGUGAUUUCAUGCCUUUUUUUGUUCUGAUUCUGAGAGCAUGUUUCAGAUGGUGGUUUAAAUUUUUGCUUUGUUCUGCCUCUAGACAGCCGCCACCACCACUUUGUCCAAAUCUGAUGGCUCAGGCUGUAGCAUCUGCGUGAAUCUCCCCGUACAAUUGGACUCCGCAAUGUUUUCCAAAUAAACUCCAAACUCCGAAGGUGCAGCUGAAAAGUUAGAAUCUGAGGCAAUCAAAUCCAAUCCAGGGAAGAGAUUGGAUAGCUUCUGAGGUGUGGCUAUGAUCUGCUCCGACAAUUCCAAAUGGAGAUGAGUUGAUUCUUGACAUGACUCAGCGUGUGCUCAACACUAAACCUCUUUUUCACAUCGAACAUAAUACUAUAUAUUUCCUUUUUUUUUUAUCCAUAAAGUUUAGAGGACAAGCAAGGUUUGAUGAGAAUUUUCAGUAGAAUUGUAGAUUUCAUUUUUAAAGAUUUAAAAAAAAAAUAUUCAACUAUCAACUACCACA